CAAAAGGAAAGUCCAACACCUGCAGGGUUGUAUCGAAGAGGGCCUUUGUUUCCUUUAUGAAGCUGAUCUCUCUUUUUCAUAAAUUACCAAUGCAACGAUAAAUGAAAGUUGUAAGCAUUCCCGCGUGCUUAAGUAAUGCAUAUAUUCUUCCCUGGCUCAUACUUCAUCAACCCUUUCACAACACUUUAAUGAAAUAUCAAUCAUUUUUGUCAAGGAUGUGUGAAGGCAAGAGUCUCUACAUAUGGCCCCUGAAAGUUAUAGGCCUCUUAGGCCUUAUUGUUCUGUGCCUGUGGCUGGCCUUACGUCCCAAGAACCCCUCCUACUCCAUUAUGUUCAUCUCCAUACAACAUCCCUCCAACUCAAGUGAAAACUGCACCAUCUUUUACAGCCUUCAAAUUGAAAACCCAAACAAGGACUCGAGCAUUUACUAUGACAAAACGAUUUUAAGUUUCUUAUAUGGGGAGCCUGAGGACGAGGUGGGGGAGACAACUAUAGUCCCAUUCCAUCAAGGAACUGGCAACACCCGGGAUGUAUCUGAUACUGUUAAUGCCAAACCUCGACCAUUCAAACCUCUCUUCAGUGCCAUCUCAAAUGCAACCACAGAGUUAAAAGUUGCUUUGAUCACAAGAUACCGAUACAAGACAUGGGGAAUUAAGAGCAAGUUCCACGGGUUACAACUCAAAGGUAUUCUACCAAUUGAUUCCGAUGGGAAGCUCUCACGUAAGAAGAAAAAGUACCCACUUAGCCGUAAUUCCAACAAACUAGGAAGGUUCAAAAUAAGGCACUGACCUAAUCUCCUUCAUUGGUUUUUUCCCCUCCCUUCCUUUACUUUCCCUACAGUACCUAGAAAGAUUCUUGCUUCCACUGUACAUGGGACAUAUCCUUGCUUCUACCCCUGGUGUAAGCAGAAACAAGAAAAAGUUUAGUAUCUGAUGGGUCCUAUGAACGUGGAACUAAAAUAUAGGGAGACCAUUUGGUUUGAGAUUGACGUGGUUUAAGAAAAUUUCUUCCAUAUAGUAGAAGUAUUACUCUAGAACGUAGUGUGUAGUAUAUCAGAUAGAAAUCAAAGAAUUCAGUACUUCUGCAUUUUCAAAUCUCUUGUAAUAUGUAUUCAUUUAAUGGUGUGUUUAAUGAAACAAAAAUUUAGCUCUGAAAA